AUGGAUUCCAAGGCUACCACCGGCUCCAACGAGACCCAGGACUUCGAAAAGGUCCAGACCGUGGACUCCAACGAGCUAAAGGCUCAGAGCUCUAAGGAUAAUGAUACUUCGUCUGUCAACACCGAGACGUCGAGCGUCGUGGAAAAGUCCUACGGUAUCCGCAAGUCCGAGUUGAUCAUGGCCCAGUUGACCAACUGGUGGUACAAGGGCUUCUUCUUUUUCACCAUUUUCAUCGGAAUGUACAUCAUGAUGAUGGAAGCUGAGGCGGUAAGAACGUUUUCCAGUUACGCCACCUCGUCGUACAGACAGCACUCGCUUAUGUCGACCGUCGGAGUCAUCAGAAGCGUGGUGGCUGCUUCCUCGUUGCCAUUUUUCGCCAGAUUGUCUGACCACUUUGGCCGUUUUGAGUUGUUUUUGGUCGCCAUUGUCUUCAGAAUCAUCGGUCUCAUCAUCCAGUCCCAGGCCGUGGAUGUCCAGAAAUACGCUGCCGGUGUGGUCUUUUACGGCUUUGGAAACGCCGGUAUGAGAAUCUUGUGGCAGAUCAACUUGUCCGAUGCUUCCUCUUUGAGAUGGAGACUUGCAGCCAUCGGUGUGUUGAGUUUGCAGACCAUCAUCAACACCUGGUCCGUCGGAGAGGUUGUUGAUACGCUUUUGACAAGACAUGGCUGGUCUUUUGGUAUCUACAUGUGGGCCUGGACCACGCCUUUGGUGUGCAUGCCUUACUUGUGCUUCUUCCUUUUCUUGUACAUCAAGGCCAUGCAAACGGACACCUGGAGACAGCUCCGCAAGGAGGAAAGAGAGACUUUUAUUGAAGGAAAUGCUAAUGCCAAAAGGUACAAUGCUGAGAUUGAAAACAGCACCACCAAGCUCGGCAAGCUCAAGGCGAAAACCAAGUACUUUGGCGUCCGUCUUUUCGACACCUUGCAUGCUAUAUUCUGGAAAGUCGACUUUAUCGGCUGUCUCUUGGCUGCGCUUGUGUUUGGCUUCAUUUUGGUGCCCUUGACUUUGGCAGGUGGAAUCAACUCAACCUGGCAGAAAGCCUCCACGAUUGUGCCUCUUGUGAUUGGGUUCUUGCUCAUUCCUGUUUUCAUCUUGUGGGAGUCGAAAAUCACCAAGACACCAAUGGUGCCCUUCAAGGUGAUGAAGGACCGUGGAAUCUGGGCUGCCUUUGCCGUUGGUAUUUUUAGUACCUUGAACAGUGGAAUGGCCAACGACUACGCCUACCCUGUCUUGGUUGUGGGAAUGAACGCUGCGGUUAAUAUCGCCCAAAGAACCGUCACCUUGAACUACUUUGUCGAAGGUAUCACCAUGCCCAUUCUCGGUUUUGUCUUGUCCAGAGUGAGAAGAACCAAGGCGUUUAUUGUGUUUGGUAACUUUGUCUUGUUCAUUGCCAUGGGUGUUUUUGUCCACUUCAGAGGAUCCAAUGACGGAUACCGUGCCAAAUACUACCGUGACGGUAUUGCCAUUGGUAUGUGUCUUGUGGGUUUCUCCCAGCUGUUCAUUUUCAGAGUCACCUCUGUGUCUGUUCAAACAUGCACCAACCACGAGUACAUGGCCACUGUUACUGCGCUUUUCGCUUCUUUUUACCAAAUCGGUUCGGCCAUUUCUUCAAGUAUUUCCGGUGCCAUCUGGACCCAGGAUAUGUACGGACAGAUCAGAGGAAAAAUGGCCGAUUUGGGUGUCGACACCGAUUUGGCCCAGCUUGCGUACGAAAAGCCCUAUGACUUCAUCAAGGUCCACGCUUGGGGCACAGACCCCAGAAGAGCCAUCAGUUUGGCUUAUGCCGAUGUACAGAAGAAAAUGUGUAUCGUUGGUCUCUGUCUUUGUGUGCCAAUGCUUGCAUUUAUUCUUUUGUUGAGAGACAACAGGUUGACCGAUGACCAGAACUUGGACGAUGCUGCCAUUGACCCAGAAAGCGGUGUCACUGCUGCUGAUCGUGGAAAGAGCAGAGUCAUUUUCAACGAUGACAAGGACGUUAUCUUGGACACACUCAAGAAGCUUGUGGGUAUCAAGCCCAAGACCGGUCUUAAGGAGUAG